CCCCCCCCCCCCCCCCCCCCUCUCUCUCUCUCUGCCUUUCUUUCCUGGCGGCGACGACUGCGCGAGCGGCGCCACCCUUCGCUAGGUCUUCGUCGGGCCCUUCGCCGGCGACGAGUACCCCGCAGAAGAAGAGAAAUGGGGGAUCCAUGUUUCUCAACGCAGCUCAUCGAUGGAGAUGGGGUCUUCAAUGUUUCUGGAUUGGAUAAUUUCAUGAAGGAAGUUAAAUUGGGUGAAUGCGGGCUCUCAUAUGCUGUUGUAUCAAUAAUGGGUCCGCAAAGUAGUGGGAAGAGCACACUUUUGAAUCAUCUUUUUGGCACCAACUUUAGGGAAAUGGAUGCUUUCAAAGGAAGGUCCCAAACUACCAAAGGUAUAUGGUUAGCGAAGGCCCAAAAUAUUGAACCAUGCACCCUUGUAAUGGAUUUGGAAGGAACUGAUGGAAGAGAGAGGGGAGAGGAUGACACAGCCUUUGAGAAACAAAGUGCAUUGUUUGCUUUGGCUGUCUCGGACAUUGUGCUUAUCAAUAUGUGGUGUCAUGACAUUGGCAGGGAACAGGCUGCAAACAAGCCUCUUUUGAAGACUGUUUUCCAGGUUAUGAUGAGGUUGUUCAGUCCUCGUAAAACAACAUUGUUAUUUGUAAUUCGUGAUAAAUCGAAGACACCCCUGGAAAAUCUUGAACCUAUUCUAAGGGAAGAUAUUCAGAAGAUAUGGGAUGCUGUUCCUAAACCCCAUGCCCAUAAAGAAACUCCACUCAGUGAAUUUUUCAAUGUAGAAGUUGUGGCUCUAUCCAGUUAUGAGGAAAAAGAAGAGUUAUUCAAAGAGCAGGUUUCCCAAUUAAGAGAUAGAUUUCAGCAUUCUAUUGCUCCUGGUGGACUUGCUGGUGACCGCCGUGGUGUUGUCCCAGCUUCAGGUUUUUCUUUUAGUUCACAGCAGUUUUGGAAGGUCAUUAAGGAGAACAAAGACCUUGAUCUACCUGCUCAUAAAGUUAUGGUGGCUACUGUACGCUGUGAGGAAAUUGGUAAUGAGAAAGUUGCCAGUUUUACAGCUGAUGAGGAAUGGCAACAAUUCGAGGAGGCUGUUCAACAUGACUAUGUACCUGGUUUUGGGAAGAAACUCAGCAGCCUUCUUGAUAGAUGUUUAUCAGAGUAUGACAUGGAGGCUAUUUAUUUUGAUGAAGGUGUCAGAACCUCAAAAAGACAACAACUUGAGUCUAAACUUCUGCAGCUUGUCAAUCCUGCAUACCAAUCGCUUCUGGGUCAUUUACGGACUAGAACUUUGGAAGUAUUUAAGGAGUCCUUUGACAAGGCCCUAACAAAGGAGGGAUUUGCUGUUGCUGCUCGUGAUUGUACACAGACUUUCUUAGAAAAGUUUGAUAAAGGAUCUGAAGACGCUGCUAUUCAGCAAGUGAAAUGGGAUCCCUCAAAAGUUAAGGAUAAGCUUAAGCGUGACAUUGAGUCACAUGUGGCUUCAGUUCGGGCAGCAAAAUUAUCUGAUCUUUGUGCCAAAUAUGAGGCACAACUUACCAAAGCUCUGGCAGAACCUGUUGAAGCUCUGCUAGAUUCAGCCAGUGAAGACACCUGGCCAGCCAUUAGAAAGCUUCUUCAACGUGAGACAAAAGCUGCCAUUUCAGGCCUUGAAUCUACUCUUUCAGCUUUUGAACUCGAUGAAGCCACUGAGAAGGAAUUGCUCACGAAAUUGGAGAACCAUGGAAGAAGUGUUGUUGAAUCUAAGGCAAAAGAAGAAGCUGGACGGGUCUUGAUUCGCAUGAAGGACAGGUUCUCAACAUUAUUCAGUCGUGAUGCUGACUCCAUGCCAAGGGUGUGGACAGGAAAGGAGGACAUAAAAGCUAUUACUAAAACUGCACGUUCAGCUUCCAUGAAGUUGCUGGCUACACUGGCUGCAAUUCGGUUGGAUGAGGAUGGUGACAACAUAGAAAACACUCUCUCCCUUGCUCUUGUUGAUACUGCAAGACCUGGGACUACCGAUAGAAGUAUCCAAUCGUUUGAUCCACUUGCCUCCAGCUCAUGGGAGAGGGUUCCUGAGGAGAAAACUUUAAUUAGCCCUGUCCAGUGCAAAUCUUUGUGGAGGCAAUUUAAAGCUGAAACAGAAUAUACAGUCACUCAGGCCAUAGCUGCUCAGGAAGCAAAUAAGAGGAACAACAACUGGCUGCCACCUCCAUGGGCACUCGCCGCAAUGGCUAUUCUUGGAUUCAACGAGUUUAUGACAUUGCUGAAGAAUCCAUUGUACCUGGGUGUCAUAUUUGUUGUCUUCCUUGUUGGUAAGGCCAUUUGGGUACAGUUAGACAUUGCCGCGGAAUUCCAAAAUGGCUUCCUUCCAGCCCUCCUUUCGCUGUCAACAAAAUUUGUUCCCACGAUAAUGAACAUUUUGAAGAGAUUAGCAGAUGAGGGGCAGAGACCUGCAGCCCCCGAAAGGCAAAGAGAGAUGGAACUCCAACCAACGAAUGUUUCUUCACACAGCAAUGUGACGUCUGCAGGGUCGUCCAGUGUAACCAGGACAGAGAAUGGACCGGAAUAUUCAAGCCCGGUGGCAAAAUGAUUUUGUUGAUCUUUAGCUUUUUGCUGAAAACCAACCCUAGCAGUUUGAGGCUGCACAUGGCCUUGAAACCUAGGAAGGAGGUUGAAGUGCCUUGCGGUUUUUGUAAGCUUGCCCUUACCAGACUGAUGUAUGUAGGUCACACGGCGCCCUCCACCGGGGUUUACUUGAUGAAUUUUGGGGGCAGGGAGUUGUCUGUAAGAACAUUGUGUAAUGACUUUGUUUCAUUUUACUGUAACAUCUUAUAUGAUGGUUGUAUAGAAGUUCAGGCCAGGGUGUACACGGCAGCGCAUUCAAACGCUACAAUAUGUCAAUAUAUAUGCUCGGUUCCUAGUUGCUUGAAUUA